ACUGAUUCUUCCAUUCACUAGUAUGUGAACCAACGCGAAACAAUUGAACUGCUCCAUGAUUGAUUUGCACGUAUUGAACUCGUGACGCCCACGCCAGUUCAGGUUGUUGGUAUAAAACUAUCAACCACGCAGAUGUGAGCAUACACCUCGGUCUGGUCAAAGCAGCAACAACAGACGCUUCUAUGCCAGCAAAUCUAAUAUGGCAAAGUUAUUACUUGAUGUGUUGGUAGUUUUGGUCUUUGUUGGAAUGAUCUGUGCGAUGGUGGUGGAAAAGAGACACGUUGAUUCCAUAAGUGACAACAAUGAUGCAAGUGAGAGAGAUUUCGAAGAAAUGCUGAAAGAGCUUAAGGGAGAACAACCACCCGAGAAAGGCAAAAGACCCGGGGGAAAAGAAACAAUUUACGACCCACCAGACAAGAAUAAAUUCCCAGGAAAGAGUGAUUUUGAAGAAAUUGUUAAAUCAGUUCUCAGUGAACAACCACCCGGGAAAGGCAAAAGACCCGGGGGAAAAGAAACAAUUUACGACCCACCAGACAAGAAUAAAUUCCCAGGAAAGAGUGAUUUUGAAGAAAUUGUUAAAUCAUUCCCCGGAGAACAACCACCCGGGAAAGGCAAAAGACCCGGGGGAAAAGAAACAAUUUACGACCCACCAGACAAGAAUAAAUUCCCAGGAAAGAGUGAUUUUGAAGAAAUUGUUAAAUCAUUCCUCGGUGAACAACCACCCGGGAAAGGCAAACGACCCGGGGGAAAAGAAACAAUUUACGACCCACCAAACAAAAACAAAUUCCCAGGAAAGAGUGAUUUUGAAGAAAUUGUUAAAUCAUUCCUCGGUGAACAACCACCCGGGAAAGGCAAAAGACCCGGGGGAAAAGAAACAAUUUACGACCCACCAAACAAAAACAAAUUCCCAGGAAAGAGUGAUUUGGAAGAAAUCGUUAAAUCAUUCCUCGGUGAACAACCACCCGGGAAAGGCAAAAGACCCGGAGGAAAAGAAAUAAUUUACGACCCACCAAACAAAAACAAAUUCCCAGGAAAGAGUGAUUUGGAAGAAAUUGUUAAAUCAUUCCUCGGUGAACAACCACCCGGGAAAGGCAAAAGACCCGGAGGAAAAGAAAUAAUUUACGACCCACCAAACAAAAACAAAUUCCCAGGAAAGAGUGAUUUGGAAGAAAUCGUUAAAUCAUUCCUCGGUGAACAACCACCCGAGAAAGGCAAACAACCCGGGCGAUAGACCAAACAGAGGACAACACAUCGACGACGUUGUUUCAUUACUAUAGUAUCUCUUUCAUUUCAUCUAAUGUAGAAUAUUAUCACAUAUAAUAUAUCUGUAUUAAUAUCCAUCUUUCAACAAAUAGAACGUAAAUUCCUAUUCGUCUAUCAAUAAUGUCUUAAUGUCAAUAAUUGGUUUGUUUAAUCUUCUUCAUUGUCCUCAUUAACUAUUAAAAUUUUAUUUUGUCUCGUCGUUCAUAGUAUAAGUGUAAGAAUUUAAUCAUAUGACGACUUGCAGGCUAAAUGUCUCGUCCGAUUGGAAGUUGCCACACAACGACGAGAAAGCCGCUCCGAGUUCCACUCUGAUUACGGGAAUAUUUAGCAUAGGGAAACAAAUUAUGAGAUUCUCUGUUUCAUUAAUAUCUGAUAUAUACCUAGUCCAUUAUAAGUGCAUAACUAUUGAGCUGAGCUGAGCUGAGCCGUGCUCAACUGAACUGAGCUGAACAAACCUGUUACAUACAAUUAUAUGUUUCUACACGUGUUUUCUUCUGUUCUGUCAAUUUGUGUUCUCAUAAACCGUUUAAUUUACCAUCAUGAUGUGAUAUUUAUUCAUGUUUGAUUUUACAAAUUCAAAUCUUUAUCUAACGCAUUAAGUUAUCUAGAAAAUCAAGGUCAACCUACAGCCACACCAUGAAAUACAAUGCUGUUCCAGUUUCCUUCCGGAGUCUUCUAAAUGCUGUCGAAUCACAAAGGAGAUUGACUACUAUGAAUAUAUAAUAAGACAAUGUGAGCGGUAGACACGGCGGUUUUCAAUAACGAGGGCACUAACAAACUUGAAACAAUGUUUCUCAUCGCAGGAUGAGAGCUGGCCAGUCAACAGCAUACAAGUAAGACGAGAAGAAUAACGUUCACUUUCAAUUUUGAGCAUUAUGACAGGCGCUGAAAUUGUAACGGCUCUUUAAUUAUUAGAAAUUCCAUAAAAUACUAUCACGAUACGAACUAUUAAAUCAGAUUUAUAUACUGCUUAGACUACCGACUCACCACAACAACGCCCAACUUCAAAGUAUUAUGGCUUUCAAUUCCAGGAAGCAAAAAAUAUCAUGUUAAAAACAAUGUUUAAAAUUACUUUUUAUCUUUGACAUUAGGCUUUUUUUUAGCUUUAACUUUAUAGCAUUAAAUUGGCUGAGUUGGUAACUUUAAGGUUAUAUUUAAACAAACAUGUCUAUAUAUUGCAAUUCAGGAAAGGAUUAGGCAAAUUUACAAGUGUUUCUUUAGCUAGCUACGGAAGGCUGAAUUCGUUCUCCGUCGAUAUUUAUCAGUGAUAGACCUACUGUACACGAAAAAAUGCAUUAUGUUUAUUUCAAUAUCUGCGCAUUGAAAUUGACACAGCAAUCAUGCUGGUUGAAUAUGUGUAUUGUGUACUUUAAAUCAAAUUGAGAAAGACUUUCACAUUUUGUUGAUGAUUAAAUGCUGUUCAGAAAUGCUGCCUAUAACUUGUGUUUAUAAAACCUAGAAAUACAUGUAUGAACGACCCCAAACGUCAAUGAGUUUUCUCUAAAAUCCCCUGUCUGUGUUUAUAAUCAUUAUAAUAUAUUGAUAACAAAAUCAUUCUAUAGUUGACUGACAUUUCCGUCAUUUUAAUAAAAAAUAUUGUUAUUUCUUGCA